AUGAAGACAAUAUCAGGCAAAUUAACAUCCACAACCCCAAUCUCUCUUUCUCAAGCAGCAAAAUCGCUCUCCAAAUUUGCUGCAUCAGAAAACGGAGCUUCACAUUCUGUCUCCGUAUAUAUCAAACGUGCUGCCGAUUCGUUCGAUCAACUUGUUCAACUUCAUGAGAAACUCAGACCAAAUAGUGCAAAAAAUGAGCUUUCUAUCAAAGUUGAGAAAAUUUCCGAAAGAAUGAAGAAAAUCAGGGAAGUUGGUAUAAAGGCUGAAGAUGUAGUUAAGAAUGAUGCUUUCCCAAAUGGGUCACAAAAAAGCAAAAAAAGCAACAGUCUUGAUAAGAAAAGCAAGAAGCUUGAUAAGGAUCAGAAAUUGAUCAAGACCGAGCAACGGCUCGAUAUAAGUGAAGGAGAGACAGCAAAAUCCAAGAAAAAUGAGCUGGAGUUUGUUAAAAUGGAUAGCUCUGUGAAGAGGGAAUCGGAGUUCGAGGAAGUUAAGGAAGAUAGUAUGAUAAGCAGGGACAAAAAAAAGAAGAAAAAGAAAAAUAAGGUUGUUGGUGACAAUGAGGGUGAGGUGGUGGGGAAAGUGGAAGAAGAUUUGAGGGUUAAGGAGGAGGAGGAAAGGAAGAAGAGGAAUCACAGUGAGAGUGAAGAUGCUGGUUCAGCAGAGCAGAGUAAUAAGAAAAAGAGUAAAAAGAGGAGCACUGAAGGUGAAAAGUGA